AUGUCUUUGCAGAGGGACUCAGUGCACAUUUUUUCCAGUACAGUAAAUGAUUCCUUUGCUGUAAUUGGCUACCUCUUUUCUCUAUUCCUUAUUUUUAUCAUAAUUUUUGUUUACUUCUACAGUGAGCAAAAAAGAAGAUUAAAAGCAGAAAAGAAAGCACAGGAAAAAGCAGAAAAGGAAUCUGGUAAAGCUGACCAGGUCACUCCAUCAGCCAAGCCAAAGAAGGUGAAUGAAGAAGAAAUUAGUGCUAAUGAGUAUCUGAAGUUGAGGAUACAGUCUAUUCAGCAACAGAAAGAUGAAGGCCAUGUUGUGUACCCACACAAGUUCUACGUGUCCAUCUCCCUUACUGAGUUUUUGAGAACUUAUGAAAGUUUGGGACAGGGAGAAGAAGGAAAGGAAGAAUUGUCACUGGCUGGCAGAGUUCAUGCCAUUCGAGAAAGUAGUCAGAAGCUUCGGUUUUACGAUUUAAGAGGAGAAGGCGUAAAGUUGCAGGUUAUGGCAAAUCUAAGAUUUUACGAGAAUGAGACAGACUUCAUACAAGACUGCGACAAAAUUCGCCGAGGAGACGUUAUUGGUGUGAAGGGUGUUGGUAUACGUACCAAGACAGGAGAGUUGUCCAUCCGACCUACAAAGAUUGUGGUCCUUGCUCCAUGCUUCCACAUGUUGCCACAUCUUCACUUUGGCGUCAAAGACCAAGAGACGAGGUAUCGACAGAGAUACCUAGACCUUAUUAUCAAUGCUGAUAUUCGCAAAAAAUUUAUAGUUAGAUCCAAUAUUAUCUCCUAUUGCCGUAAAUUUUUUGACGAUUUGGGAUUUUUGGAGGUGGAAACUCCAAUGAUGAAUUUGAUUGCUGGAGGAGCAACUGCCAAGCCUUUUAUAACAUACCAUAAUGAACUUAACAGGGAUCUCUUCUUGAGAGUUGCUCCUGAACUUUACCUAAAGAUGCUUAUUGUUGGUGGUAUUGAUAGAGUGUAUGAAAUUGGAAAGCAGUUCAGAAAUGAAGGCAUUGACCUUACUCACAACCCUGAAUUUACAACACUUGAGUUUUAUAUGGCAUAUGCAGACUACAAUGAUUUAAUAGAAUUAACAGAAAAGUUAGUAUCGGGGAUGGUAUUUAGCAUCUUUAAUUCUUAUAAAGUGAAAUUCAACCCACAUGGUCCAGAUGGUGAAGAAUGGGAACUGGAUUUCACGCCUCCUUACAGGAGACUACAGAUGUUUCCAGAGCUUGAGAAGGCUCUCAACACAAAGUUGCCAGAACCAGACCAACUGAACACACAAGCAGCUCGCAAAAUCCUGAGUGAUCUCUGUGAAAAACAUUGUGUAGAAUGUCCAGCCCCUCGUACGUCUGCAAGACUCUUAGAUAAGCUAGUGGGAAAUUUUUUGGAGGAACAGUGUAUCAGUCCAACCUUUAUCAUGGACCAUCCUCAAGUUAUGAGUCCACUUGCCAAAUACCACCGCUCUGUCAAAGGUCUAACAGAAAGAUUUGAACUUUUUGUUGCUAAGAAAGAAAUUAUUAAUGCCUAUACAGAAUUAAAUGAUCCAUUAGAGCAGAGGAUGAGGUUUGCACAACAAGCUCAGGACAAAGCAGCUGGUGAUGAUGAGGCACAAAUGGUGGAUGAAAAUUUCUGUACAGCCUUGGAAUAUGGUCUCCCACCAACUGGGGGCUUUGGCAUGGGUAUUGACCGUAUGGCAAUGUUUUUGACCAACUCCUAUAAUAUAAAGGAAGUUCUCUUCUUCCCUGCUAUGAAACCUGACAACCCAAAUAAGAUUCCAUCCAAUGAAGAUAACAAGGACAAUCAUUCAAGAUUAUAACUGGAGUGGAAAGCUACCUGCUUCCAAACUGCUUACAUUAGCAACAGUAUGAGUAUGUAUGAUUUGGGGUUAGGAUUUUCUAACUAAUUGCCUAAUAUUCUUAAUUAAAUAGGGUUUGUAUAUGAGUGAAUGUAAGUUUUCUCAUGCAUAUUUUAAAAACCUUUUGCUUUGCAUAACUUUAGUGUGGUAUCUGAAUUGCUUAAGUUUUAUAAUGCUGGUUUCCUUUUAUUUAAACUUGUACAUGUUGCUAUUAAAUUAUUUCUUUUUGUAAUGUCAAA